UUUGCAGACCACGCUGCUAAACAGCGAGGGGAGGCUCAUGCGUCCCUAAUAUCCAUCACUCCCUGCUUCCAGCGUGGUCGCAGACAGAGCAACAAAGAGGGUCUCAGAGAUGGGAAAUUCUUAUGCUGGUCAGCUCAAGACAACACGGUUUGAAGAAGUGUUGCAUAAUUCUAUCGAGGCCUCUCUCCGCUCAAACAACUUAGUUCCCAGACCAGUCUUUUCUCAGUUGUAUUUGGAAGCUGAACAGCAACUAUCAUCACUGGAAGCAGGCAGCAGAGCAGAUAAUGAAGAAGAAGAAGAAGAAGAGGAGGAAGAAGAAGGCUCAGAAUCAAGUAGUCCUCCUGUUUCUUACCAGGUGAAGCCUCCCCCAGAAGGAUGUUGCACUACUGAUGGUUUCUGCCAGGCUGGUAAAGAUUUGAGGCUGGUUUCAAUUUCUAAUGAACAUAUUGAGGUACCAUCCGGAUUUUUACUUGUUGGUGCAAAGUCACCAAAUUUACCUGAUCACCUGUUAGUGUGUGCUGUGGAUAAAAGAUUCCUGCCAGAUGACAACGGGCGCAAUGCCCUAUUGGGCUUCUCUGGCAAUUGUGUUGGCUGUGGCAAGAAGGGUUUCUGCUACUUUACAGAAUUCUCAAAUCACAUUAAUCUUAAACUGACCACUCAGCCCAAGAAACAGAAACACUUAAAGUAUUAUCUGGUCAGGAAUGCACAGGGAGCUCUGACCAAAGGAUCUGUAAUCUGCUGGAAAGGGACAGAGUUCAGAGGCCGGCAGUCUUCAACCAGUACCUGCUCAAACACCUUGUUCCAAUUGCCAGAAAGCUCAGGCCUCUCAGGAAGCACCUCCAGUGAGCCUCUCCCACCUGCAAAUCCCAGUGCUCCACCUGGGACUCAGCAAACAGCUGCAGCCGUAGAUCACACCCCUUCAACAGCUGCAUUCAGCUCAGCAGUUUAUAAUGGCAAGGAAUCACCUAAAAAACAGCUGAUGAAAAAUAACCUGUCUGCUCUGACAAGACCUUCAGUGUUAGGCACAUUAACAAAUUCAGGACCUCCAAAAAAGCGCCAUAAAGGUUGGUCACCAGAAUCUCCGUCAUCCACUGAAACUUGGAACUUGCAGCUCAAUCCACAGGCUUCAAACAGAAUUAAAAAUGAUGGAGGAAGCCUGUCAUCUUUACCACAUUCUGCUUUGGUGGGACCAGCCUCCUCUCCAAUGGUGGGCUCAGGAGAACCAGUCUCAGUUCCUGACAACUUGCUGAAAAUCUGUAAAGCAAAACCAGUUAUUUUUAAAGGUCAUGGAAACUUCCCAUAUCUCUGUGGGAACAUUAAUGAUGUGAUAGUGAGUCCUUUGUUGUACACCUGUUACAGAAAUUCACAGUCUUUGUCUAGAGCAUAUGAACAAUACGGUGCAUCCACAAUACAGCCUAUUUCUGAGGAAAUGCAGCUGUUACUGACUGUCUACUACCUUGUUCAACUAGCUGCAGACCAGGUCCCUUUGAUUGAGGAUUUGGAGCAAAUAUUCAUGCGCUCCUGGCGGGAAUCCCACCUGUCUGAAAUCCGUCAGUACCAGCAGGCUGUUCCCCAGGCCUUCCCCCAGGUGCCCAGCCAGAUCACCCCGGUGACUUCAGCCCAGCUGCCCUGGCUGGCAGGGCUGGCAGCCAGCUCCUGUAAUGACAGUGUCCAUAUCAUUGAGUGCAGCUACUCCCUGGCAGAAGGGCUUUCAGAAAUGUUUAAGCUACUCAUUGAAGGAAAAUUAAUGAAGACAAACUAUGUGGUGAUCAUAUGUGCCAGUAGAAACCGAGCCAUUGACUCUUGCAUUGUGAUAACAGGAAAGUAUCAGGCAAGAGUUCUGUCUGAGAGCAUGCUCAGUCCUUCAGACUACCAAAAAGAAGUUAACUAUCAGCUGGUCACAGGGAAGGUGGAAACUCUGGGGUCUUUCUUUAGCACACUCUGCCCAGAGGGUGACAUUGAUCUUUUGCUGGAAAAAUUUUAUCAAGAAAACCAAGGACACAUCUCUUCAUCACUUUCUGCUUCAGUGAAUAAACCAACAGCAGUGAAUGGAGCUGGAACAGCUGUGUGUACAAGUUAUGAGAUUGAACGACAUCAAAUUCGUCCAUUCCAGCUAGCAGUGGCUCAGAAAUUGCUGUCUCAUAUUUGCUCAAUUGCUGACUCCAGCACUCAAAAUCUUGAUUUGGGUUCCUUCGAGAAAAUUGAUUUCUUGAUUUGUGUUCCACCCUCCGAAGUGACUUAUCAACAGACUUUGUUUCAUCUCUGGCACUCAGGUAUAUUAUUAGAACUUGGAUUAGAAAAGGAACAUCUUACAAAGCAGAGAGUGGAACAGUAUGUUAUGAAACUAGAUGCAGAAGCCCAAAUUAAAUUCCAAAUAUUUUUACAAAACUCUGUGCAGAAUCCACACACACUGUUUGUCCUAAUCCAUGAUCAUGCACACUGGGAUCUAAUGAGUGCUAUGCAUAGCCUUUAUCCUCAAACAGAGCUGUCGACAGGACUUGUUGAUAGACUGUUGAACUGCAGGGAGGUGAAAGAGGCACCAAAUAUUGUGACCCUCCAUGUGACUUCCUUCCCCUAUGCGCUGCAGACACAGCAUACUCAUAUCAGCCCUUACAAUGAGAUCCACUGGCCUUCUUCAUACAGCAAUGGUGUAGAUUUAUACCAUGAAAACAAGAAAUACUUUGGACUGUCAGAAUUCAUUGAGUCCACCCUCUCUGGACAUAGUAUUCCACUGCUUCGGUACGACAGCUCUUUUGAAGCAAUGGUCAUGGCUUUGGGAAAGAGGUUCCCCAGAUUACACAGUGCAGUGAUAAGGACUUUUGUCCUCAUCCAACACUAUUCUGCAGCUAUGAUGGCAGUGUGUGGUCUUUCUCAGAUGAAGAAUUACACCUCAGUUGAAACUCUGGAAAUCACCCAAAAUCUAAUAAACUCUUCAAGACAAUGUCCCAGUGGCCACGGCCUCAUGGUAGUGUUGAGAAUUCCAUGUAUCCCUCUGGCUGCAGUGGCAUAUGAACGUCUGUAUAAUGUAAGGGAAAGACUCGCCCUUGAAGAUAACUUUGAAAUAAUCUUGGGAAAUCCUAAUUCCGGAAUCACAAUCGGGAAGCACUUUGUGGAACAACUAAAGAUCUGGCACAAAAUUGAGGAUGUAGAUUGGAGGCCACAGACCUAUUUGGAUUUGGAAGGCUUGCCUUGCAUAUUGAUAUUUAGUGGGAUGGAUCCACAAGGGGAGUCUUUGCCACGAUCACUGAGAUACUGUGACCUACGUUUAAUAAAUUCAUCUUCUUUGGUACGGACAAGCCUGGAGCAAGAACUUGGUUUGGCAGCAUACUUUGUGAGCUCAGAAAUUCACACAGAGAAAGCAGUUGUGAAUGAUGUGUUAGAAAGUGACCCAGAGAAACUAAGCAGUACUGACAAUGAAGAUGAAGAAAUACCAACAGAAGGUUCUACUUCAGAAAAGAGAAGUCCUAUGAAAAGAGAAAGAUCACGUUCCCAUGACUCUGCAUCUUCAUCUCUCUCUUCAAAAGCUUCCACAUUCUGCACUGAGUCAUCUCCUCCCCAAGCCCUAGGUAACAGCACUGAAGAAACUACAAAUAACUAUGAAAGGCAGAAGCAGAAAGUAGACAAAGGGGCACAAACAACAAUCAGCAAACACUUGCCACCAGUAACUGAACAGCUGGAUAUGAAACAAAACAUAAAAAGUACCCAAGUCUCCAUCACCUCAUCAUCCUCCCCACCUUUCUCCUCCUCUUCUUCCUCUUCUGCACCUACUCAUAACUCCUUCAUCCUACAGACAUCUCAAUGCUCCAUGACCAAAGCAUCAAAACAGCCUCCCAUAGUUUUCCUGCCCAAACUGGUUUAUGACAUUGUUACUUCUACAGACAGCAGUGGACUUCCCAAAUCCUCUUCCCUCUUGCCUUACCAUUCUGUUAUGUGGGCAAGUUCUUUUCGUCCUCUUAUGAGCAAGAUGAUGACGUGCACAGAGCAGUCUCUGUACUACCGCCAAUGGACGGUUCCCAAGCCAAUCCAUAUGGACUACAACAACAGAAAUGAGGGCAGAAUGGACACCUUUCACCCAAGGAGGCUGCUGCUGAGUGGGCCACCACAGAUAGGGAAAACAGGUGCCUAUCUGCAGUUCCUCAGUAUUUUGUCCCGAAUGCUGAUUAGACUGACAGAAGUGGAUGUUUAUGAUGAGGAAGAAAUCAACAUUAACAUAAAAGAAGAAUCUGAUCAAUACUACCAUCAGCCUGGAGAUAUGUGGCCAGAUUUGGAGUCAUUUAAGAAGAUGCCUUUUGACUACACCAUCCAUGAUCCAAAAUAUGAAGAUGCAAGUCUGAUUUGUUCAAAGCUUCAGACUAUAAACAGUGAAGAGAGAUCAAUGAGCAGGAGACAGGAAGAUAUGUACACGUGCCGUCAAACAACUAGGAUGAGAUUGUCCAAGUAUGCAGCAUAUAAUACCUACCAUCACUGUGAACAGUGCCAUCAGUACAUGGGUUUCAAUCCCCGGUACCAGAUUUAUGAGUCCACUCUGCAUGCAUUUGCCUUUUCCUAUUCUAUGCUGGGAGAAGAGAUACAGCUGCAUUUUAUCAUUCCAAAAUCAAAGGAGCAUCAUUUUGUCUUUAGCCAACCAGGAAGACAGUUGGAAAGUAUGAGGCUACCGCUAGUCACAGAUAAGAGUGAAGAUUACAUAAAAAGCCCCACUUUUACUCCUACCACUGGCCGUCAUGAACAUGGACUUUUCAAUUUAUAUCAUGCAAUGGAUGGAGCCAGUCAUUUGCAUGUUUUAGUUGUCAAGGAGUAUGAAAUGGCCAUAUAUAAGAAGUAUUGGCCCAACCACAUCAUGCUUGUUCUUCCAAGCAUUUUCAACAGUGCUGGAGUAGGUGCUGCACACUUCCUGAUAAAAGAGUUGUCUUAUCAUAACCUGGAGCUUGAACGGAAUCGGCAGGAAGAGCUGGGGAUAAAACCCCAGGAUAUUUGGCCUUUCAUUGUCAUUUCAGACGACUCCUGUGUUAUGUGGAAUGCAGUAGAAGUUGAUUGUUCAGGAGACAGGAAAAGUGACUAUACAUGGACUGAAAGGAAUGUUUCCCUGAAGCAAAUUCUGCAACACAUUGAAGCAACUCCCAAUGUCACUCAUUAUGCCCUAAUUGGAAUGAGGAAAUGGUCCAGUAAAACAAAUAGUGCUGAGAUCAAGGAACCGUUUUCCUGCUGCCAUGUGCAUGACUUCCUUAUGCUGAAUGUGGAUCUGACACAGAAUGUACAGUACAAUCAGAACAGAUUUACAUGUGAUGAUGUUGACUUCAACUUGCGUGUCCACAGUGCUGGCCUUCUCAUCUGUCGGUUCAACCACUUCAAUGUCAUGAAAAAGCAAAUUGCAGUAGGAGGACAACGAUCCUUCCACAUAAAGUCUAAGGUAUCUGACACUCCAGUUUCAAUCUCCCCUGCUCAGUACAUUUGUGCUCCCGACAGCAAGCACACCUUCUUGGCAGCACCUGCUCAGUUGCUUCUUGAAAAGUAUCUCCAGUAUCACAGCCAUCGCUUCUUCCCUCUCUCACUGAAGAAUUAUAGCCAUCCAGUGCUAUCUGUGGACUGUUACCUUAACUUAGGACCACAGAUUGCAGUUUGCUACGUGAGUUCUCGGCCUCAUUCUCUGAAUAUCAGUUCCUCUGGUUUGACAUUCAGUGGUCUCCUGCUGUACCUCUGUGACUCCUUUGUUGUAGCUAGCUUUUUGAAGAAGUUUCAUUUUCUUAAAGGUGCCACCCUGUGUGUGAUUUGCCAGGAUCGCAAUUCUCUCCGCCAGACUGUUGUCCGGUUGGAGCUGGAAGACGAAUGGCAGUUCCGCCUGCGGGACGAAUUCCAGACUGCCAAUGCCAAAGAGGACAGACCACUUUUCUUCCUGACUGGACGACAUAUUUAACUGAAAAGAGACACAUUUCCGGAAUGACACAAGACACUAAUUGCCACCAUCUCAUGAAAUUACUUUUGAGAGGCUCUGCUUUCUGAACAGAAACAGGACUGUUUUCUGUUGUUUAUUAGAAUGAUGUUUAAUCAGACAGUUUAAGAUCAUAUUUACAAACAUUGACGUGACUUUUCUAAUUUAACGUUCUGAUGGAAGUCAUCCCUAAUUCCUGAUAGAGACACAGAGACUUACAUGGUGGAAAGCAUUUCAUAGCAGAAGAGAGCUCAAUGAGUGCACUUCUCCUGUGACAAAGAAGACCACGUGCAAGUUCAUAAAGAAAAGGUUUAGGAAACUUUUUGCACAUUACAGAAAUAGGAAAUAUAAAUUUAGAAGCA